AUGGAAACGGAUUCUUCUGUGGAGAGACUUGGCUCGGCAGCUUCUCUCCAAGAUAAAAUGGCAAACCCCAAAGAGAAAACUCCAAUGUGUCUGGUAAAUGAGUUAGCCCGUUUCAAUAGAGUCCAACCCCAGUAUAAACUUCUGAAAGAAAGAGGGCCUGCUCAUUCGAAGAUGUUCUCAGUGCAGCUGAGUCUUGGGGAGCAGACAUGGGAAUCCGAAGGGAGCAGUAUAAAGAAGGCCCAGCAGGCUGUCGCUAACAAGGCUUUGACUGAAUCCACGCUUCCCAAACCAGUUCAGAAGCCGCCCAAAAGCAGUGUUAACAAUAACCCAGGUAGUAUAACACCAACUGUGGAACUGAAUGGGCUUGCUAUGAAAAGGGGAGAGCCUGCCAUCUACAGGCCGUUAGAUCCAAAGCCUUUCCCAAAUUAUAGAGCUAAUUACAACUUUCGGGGCAUGUACAAUCAGAGGUUUGUAUGGCCACAACCCAAACUAUAUUAUAUGAGAAUGGGAUUUUCCGCUGUGUUCCUAGACCCCUCCAGGAGGACUCUGAUAGUUUUUGUGUGGGACCCACACUCUGAGAAAUGCUGCCCUGAGGACCCCACCCCCAUUCCUGUACCGUCACUCCUCACUUGGCUGCCUGUGGUGCCAGCCAUUUACCUGUCUCAGACGGUGUGCUGCAGUACCUGGAGGGACACAGCGACAGCACACCCUGGCAAGAGAGCCCCCAGCUUCCUCUGCCGGGAACCCUUCUUUACUGUCACAAGUUCUAGCACUGGGCGUCGGCCACCACGUGAGAGGCACGCCUGGCUGCUCCUGCUACACGCCCACCGUCCAAAUGGUGAACCAGGAAAAGAAACGGAUGAUGACAGAGAUGCAAAUAAGUCUGAGGUCAGCUUAGUGUUUGAAAUUGCUCUGAAGCGAAAUAUGCCCGUCAGUUUUGAGGUUAUUAAAGAAAGUGGACCACCACAUAUGAAAAGCUUUGUUACUCGGGUGUCAGUGGGAGAGUUCUCUGCAGAAGGAGAGGGAAAUAGCAAAAAACUAUCCAAGAAACGUGCUGCAACCACUGUCCUGCAGGAGCUUAAGAAACUUCCACCUCUUCCUGUGGUUGAAAAGCCAAAACUGUUUUUUAAAAAACGCCCUAAAACUAUAGUAAAGGCUGGACCAGAAUAUGGUCAAGGAAUGAACCCCAUUAGCCGCCUGGCUCAAAUUCAACAGGCCAAAAAGGAGAAGGAGCCAGAUUACGUUUUGCUUUCGGAAAGAGGGGUGCCUCGGCGCCGGGAAUUUGUGAUGCAGGUCAAGGUAGGCAAUGAAGUUGCUACUGGAACAGGACCUAAUAAAAAGAUAGCCAAAAAAAAUGCUGCAGAAGCAAUGCUGUUACAGCUUGGUUAUAAAGCAUCCACUAGUCUUCAAGAUCAACUUGACAAGACAGGGGAAAACAAAGGAUGGAGUGGUCCAAAGGCUGGGUUUCCUGAGCCAACAAAUAACACUCCAAAAGGAAUUCUUCAUUUGUCUCCUGAUGUUUAUCAAGAGAUGGAAGCCAGCCGCCACAAAGUAAUCUCUGGCACUGCUCUAGGCUAUUUGUCACCCAAAGAUAUGAACCAACCCUCAAGCUCUUUCUUCAGUAUAUGUCCCACCUCGAGUGGUUCGGCUACAAUUGCCAGGGAACUCCUUGUGAAUGGAACACCGACAGCUGAAGCCGUGGGUUUAAAAGGAAGUUCUCCUCCCCCUUGUUCUCCAGCACAGCCUUCACAACAGCUGGAAUAUUUAGCAAGGAUUCAAGGCUUUCAGGCAGCUUUAAGUGCCUUGAAACAAUUUUCUGAACAAGGACUGGAUCCAAUGGAAGGAGCAAUGAAUAUUGAAAAAGGUUCUCUUGAAAAACAAGCCCAGCAUCUGGGAGAGAAAGCAGACAAUAACCAGACACACCCGGGCUCCAUCGCUCAGGACUGCAAGAAAUCAAGGUCGGUCAUCUAG